UGAGCCUUUAGGUGCAUGUAAUGUGAGGUGACACGUAGUUAACGCCAUUGCACUGCUAGUUUGAAGGUGGCAACGGUGGUCGUUUGGGUGUGUACGCGGUUAAUUGCCAUGCGGCAACCCCGUUCCAUACGAACGAAAAUCGUAGUAGGUUUCAGGUGUGGGCCCGACCAUGAUUUGGUUGACACACCAAAGUGGCAUAAUUUUGACAACACAGACGACUCGUUAUGGGACACAUGGCAAAACACCUACUCACGUUAAGUUUCUUGUAUAAAGUACAUUUGGAACAAUCCGUAUACUCUGUUUUGAACCAGAAUUUUUCAGCAGUGGUUUCAAAUAUCAGUAGAGAAGAGGAGAGAAGGGAAGAGAAGAGAGGAUGAGAGAAGAGAUAGGGAGUAAUAAGAAGCAGAAGAGCGAAGAAUUGGCCGUGGACGGGCAGAGGCAUUUAGAAGGCACCGUUGAAGCAGCGCAUCAAAUUCUUGCUUCCAUGAACCAAGAGCUGUGCAACCCCUCUCUCUGGGUACCCCCCACCACCAGAGACCACGACCCCUCCCUUGCUGCCGGUGGGAGCGGAGGCGGAGGCGGUGCAUUGGAUGACGCAAGGCUCCGCUACAAAAAGUCUGUCGAUUCUCUCAGGGAUGUCAUUUCGCUCAUCUCCUCAUCUCAGAUUGCAUUUUCUGCAUGUUUAUCAGGUAAUGUUGUUGAUUCUAUAAUUCAGACCAAACCACAGGAGGGAGAUACCAUAACGGGGACAGAUAAUAAUGGAGAUCAAGUUGAGAUACAAAUACUAGAACAACGGGCUUCAGAGCUCAGAGAGAAUCAUGACUAUGUAUGUAAGCUCAAAAAGGCACUUUAUGGGCUUAAACAAGCCCCAUGUGCUUGGUAUGACAGGCUAGAUAAGUAUCUACAACAACAAGGCUUUAAAAGAGGAAUGGCAGACAACAAUCUUUAUGUGAAAGAAGAAGAUUGGGGAGGUUCAGUUGAUGACAAAAAAAUCACAAGUGGUGGUGCUUUCUUUUUUGGAAGCUAUCUUGUUUCUUGGUUGAGUAAAAACAAGCCUUCCAUUUCCUCGUCUACAGUUGAAGCGAAAUACAUUGCAGUAGUGUCAUGUUGUACGCAAGUUCUUUGGAUGAAGCAAACACUGUUGGAUAUUAAGGAGGUUACGAAAAAGAAUCAUCAUUUGAAAGUUCUUAUAGACCAACUUCGAGAUCUUGUCAGUGAUAUUUCCAUGUGGCAGAGCCCGAUCUUAUGUUUUUGUUUGAAUUAUAAAUUUCAUGGAAGAAAAAUGGUUUAACAGUGCUAGAAAAUUUGGGAAUCAAGUUCGAACAAUCACUGCAAUCCUAUUUCUCCUCGAGGAGGUUUUGAUGAAUUUGCUCCUCCGCAAAUUGUAUUUGGGACAUGAUGUGACUUGUAUCCGAUAAUGGUAGAGUUGCAUGCAAUGAAGUGUGUGUAUGUGUCUUAGUACCAAAAGGACCAGUUUUAUUUUCUACAAAUCUCUCUUAUACAUGGAAAUUGCAUUUCUUGUAUAUUUAUAUGGCUAUUACAACAUAAUAUUAUGAGAUUGUAAGAACC